UCUCGUAGGUGGUUUGAGUCGCUGUCCCUUCACUGCCUCGACGAGUCCGUCACUUCCCAGUACUCACUUUUGCUCAUCUCAUAAAUUCACCUACUCAACCAGUAUCCCCACCAACCCCCUCACCAGUCACUACUCAUUUUCAAUCCCAAAUCAAAUCUCCUUCGUUCCAGCUUCCUCGAUCAUGGAUGCUUCCUCGGCUCUCUCCCGCAUAGGCCUCGCCGGCCUUGCCGUCAUGGGCCAAAACCUGGCUUUAAACAUCGCCGAUAAGGGCUUCCCUAUCUCCGUCUACAACCGCACCACCUCCAAGGUUGAUGAAACCGUCGAUCGAGCUCAGAACGAGGGCCGCCUCCCCUUGACCGGCCAAUACAACCCCAAAGACUUCGUCCUCUCCAUCCGACGUCCAAGAUCGAUCAUCAUCCUCGUCAAAGCCGGCAAUCCGGUUGACCAGACAAUCGCCGCGCUCUCCUCCUUCAUGGAACCUGGCGACACCAUCAUCGACGGCGGAAACGAGUGGUACGAGAACACCGAGCGCCGAAUCCACGAGGUCUCGGAAAAGGGCCUCCUUUAUCUUGGGAUGGGUGUGUCGGGGGGCGAAGAGGGUGCCCGUAACGGCCCUUCUCUCAUGCCCGGGGGAUCCUAUCAGGCAUACACUAAUAUCCAGGAAAUACUCGAAAAAGUUGCCGCCCAGGUCAAAGACGAUGGGCCGUGCGUCACCUAUAUCGGCGAGGGUGGCUCGGGGAACUUCGUGAAAAUGGUUCACAACGGGAUUGAGUAUGGCGACAUGCAGCUCAUCUCGGAGGCCUACGACGUGUUGAAGAACGUGGGGGGGCUAUCGAACCAGGAGCUUUCGGAGAUCUUUGCGGAGUGGAAUAGAGGGGAAUUGGAGAGUUUCUUGAUUGAGAUUACCGCCGAUAUAUUCAGGGUUAAGGACGAAUAUGGAGAUGGGGAUUUGGUGGAUAAGAUUUUGGAUAAGACCGGAAUGAAAGGAACCGGGAAAUGGACGGUCCAGCAGGCGGCGGAGCUCUCAGUUGCAGCUCCGACGAUUGCUGCGUCGUUGGAUUGCCGGUACCUGAGUGGGCUGAAGGAGGAGAGAGAGAAUGCCGCUGAGGUUCUGAGAGAGGCCGGGUUGAAGGAGGAGAAGGAGGUGAAGCCUGGCGGGAUUGAUAAGAAGAGGUUGAUAGACGAUGUGAGGCAGGCAUUGUACGCGUCGAAGAUCUGUAGCUACGCGCAGGGGAUGAACCUGUUGAGGGCGAAGAGUUUGGAGAAAGGUUGGAGUUUAAAUUUGGGAGAGUUGGCGAGGAUUUGGAAAGGCGGGUGCAUUAUAAGGGCCGUGUUCUUGGAUAGGAUCAAGAAGGCCUAUCAGAGGAACCCAAAUUUGGCGAGUUUGAUUGUGGACCCCGACUUUGCGAGGGAGAUGGUGCAGAGGCAGGCGGCGUGGAGGAGGGUGGUGGGGCUGGCAAUAUCAGCCGGGAUUAGUACGCCGGGGAUGUGUGCUAGCCUUGCCUAUUUCGACACGUAUAGGAGGGCGAGACUACCUGCGAAUCUCGUGCAGGCACAGAGGGACUUGUUCGGGGCGCAUACGUACGAGCGAAUCGAUAGGUCAGGAUCGUUUCACACCGAGUGGACAAAACUUGCUCGGAAGAGUGAUGCCGGUGUUGGUGCUCUCAAUUGAUCUUCAGUCACUAUCAUUUGGUGGGUUAUUUUGUUUGUUCUGAUGUUUCCGAUCAUUAUGAUGCUAUUUGAAUCGGGGUUGUAUGUCGUGUUUAGCAGAGGAAUUAUUGUUGAGCCUUGCUUCCUUGGUUGUUAAUAAGAAAAUGCAUGCCUUCUGAGUUUACGAGCUAAA